CACACGCACACGCACACGCACACAGGCAGCAUCCUUCCUCUCCAGCCAGCAGCUCUUUGCACGGAGCUGCAUCCUCACACACAGCCGCAAACAGCGACGCACGCAACGGCGCAAAAAAACAAAAAACAGCCGCUGAUCGAUGCCCGUAUCGGAAAAUAAUCCAUAGCCGCAUGGUGACGUCACGCCGCUGAUCGGUAAUAGUGGCAGGGCGGGUAGGUGGGUGGGAGGCUGGGUGCCGCGCGGACGCCAGGGGUAGUUGAGUGCAUUGAAACCCCAACACCGGAUAAGAGAAGGAAAAAAACAACAACAACACAAUAUUGCACGAGAAGUGUGUGGACGCGCACGGGACUGUUGUUUGUUUUGUUUAUUUGUCGCGGCGCGUGGGAAAUGUAGUAGCUGUCACGGCCGCCUGCAGGAGGAGGAUGGAUGCGUAACAGGACGGAUCGAGCCAGCUGUGGCCUGCUUCUAACAGCAACAUCUGGCCGUCCGUCUUCAGGGUCAGAGAGGGCGCCUCAGCAGCCAGCCGGCUCUGGACUAUCGCGGGGAGGUGGAGGAGAUGGACGAGGGGGAUGCAGAGGGGGAAGGGCCCAUGGUGGUACGAGAGGGGCCGAGCGGUCAUGGACUUCCGUCAAACGCCAGCAGCAGCACCACCACCACCACCAACCUCCUGGCUUCUGUCAAAGAGCAGGAGCUUCAGUUUGAGCGGCUGACUCGGGAGCUGGAGGAGGAGCGGCAGAUUGUGGCGAGCCAGCUGGAGAGGUGCAUGCUGGGAGCUGAGUCCCCAGCAGGAGACAGUAGCAGCUCUUCGGAGAAGUCGUUUGCAUGGAGAUCAGCAGAUGCUUUGACAGGCGGAGAGACGCAGGGCGGAGUCCUGGAGGCGUCUGGAAGUCCUGGUCGUCACCUGGAGGGGGAGGAGGGACUCUACAUGCCUGAACCGGACCGCGCCUCCCUGCAUGACAGUGAGGGCUCAGGAGGACACUCGGCCCAGAUGACCUCGUAUUCAGACAGUGGCUACCAGGACAGCAGUGUUAGUUAUUACAGCAACCAGAACGUGGUGCGCUCAGAGCCCCGAGCCUCCAUAUCGAGGAGCCCAAGAGCUGAGGGUCAAGCUUCCGGGCAGGUGUCUGGCCGGAUGUUACGGAGGAUGGCCUCCCUCCCCUCCAGGAGCCAGUCUCCUGGUGGCACUGCUGGCACUGUCUCACCCUCCCGCAUCUCCCUGCGAACAUCCCAAGGCAGCACUUACGAUUCGCCCAUCCUCUCGGAGCCAAAACCUCUGGCCGCCGUAUUCCCCGGCACCAGCAUGCCGCCCUCCUGCCCUUCGCCAACAUCCCCGACUGACGGCACACAGGCCCUGGGUGGUGGGGGAGGAAGUGUGAUAGGAGGAGGAGGAGGAGUUGGUGGACGUCUUGGCUCCACCCUCUCUCUGGUGGAGGGGAGGGGUUUGACGGGGUCACCGCUGCGUUCGGGGAUGACGGCGGUGCCGCAGCACUAUGGCUCCACGCUGCCCAGGCAGAGCCAGCCGUUGGCCUACGGAGCAGAUCCAUACGGCCUGUACCAGAGGAGCGCACUGCCCCGCCCCGACAGCCUCAUAGGGCUCCACAGCUCAUACGCCGGUCACGGGGGGCAGAUAGAUCCAGAGCUGAGGGCGGCGUUGUCUCCGGACUGUCACAUGACGCCUGUUUUUGAUGAGCGCUCCUUCCACAGCCCCCUGUACCACAGCCCUACCCACGACCCCCAGGGCUCCCUCUACAGGAGUAACACAGGUAUGGGGACGCUCCCUCGGACCACAAGCCACUGCGGCACGCUGCCGUACCAAAGAAGCAGCUACGGGCUGAGCACUGCAGCUCUGUACGUCGACUCCUACAGGGUCCCCGGCGAGCCAGUCUUCUCCCACCGCCACUCUGGACUGAUGGACCGGGUGGCCACGCGCACGCCGUCCAUCGAGAGCAUCCAUAAGGACCCCAGGGAGUUCGCUUGGCGUGACCCCGAGCUGCCAGAGGUCAUCCACAUGCUGCAGCAUCACUUCCCCUCUGUCCAGGCCAACGCCGCCGCCUACCUGCAGCACCUGUGUUACGGAGACAACCGGGUCAAGGUGGAGGUGUGUCACCUGGGAGGGAUCCAGCACCUGGUGGACCAGCUGGAUCACAAGGUAGCUGAGGUUCAGAAGAGUGCCUGCGGGGCUCUGAGGAACCUGGUGUACGGCAAGGCCACCGACAACAACAAGGUGGCGCUGAGGAACUGCGGUGGCGUGCCGGCCCUGCUGCGCCUCCUCAGGAAAACAACCGACAACGAAGUCCGCGAGCUGGUCACUGGCGUCCUGUGGAACCUCUCUUCAUGUGACGCAGUGAAGAUGACCAUCAUCCGCGACGCUCUGACCACGCUGACCAACACGGUCGUCAUCCCCCACUCGGGCUGGAGCAGCAUCUCGCACCGCGACGAGCACAAAGUCAAGUUCCAGUCCUCCCUGCUGCUGCGUAACACCACCGGCUGCCUGAGGAACCUGAGCUCAGCAGGAGAGGAGGCGAGGAGUCAGCUGCGUUGCUGUGAAGGUCUCGUCGACUCGCUGCUUCACGUCCUCAAAGCCUGCGUUAACACGUCCGACUACGACAGCAAGAUCGUGGAGAACAGCGUCUGCACCCUGAGGAACCUCUCGUACCGGCUGGAGGUGGAGAUGCCCUCCUCUCGUCUCCUCGGCAACCAGGAGCUGGACACCCUUCUGGGCUUCUCCUCCCCGGCCAAGGAGCUGGACUACCUCUGCUGGGGCAAGAGGAGGCGUGGCAGGAAGCGGGGCGGCUGGCCCGACGACAAGUGGGACGGCAUUGGGCCGAUCCCGGGUUUCUCCCAGUCUCUGAGGGGGGCGGAGCUGCUGUGGCACCCGAUGGUGGUGAAGCCGUACCUCAACCUGCUGGCCGAGAGCUCCAACCCCGCCACGCUGGAGGGCGCCGCCGGGUCGCUGCAGAACCUCUCUGCUGGAAACUGGAAGUUCUCAGCGUACAUCAGAGCAGCGGUGCGUAAAGAGAAAGGUCUGCCCAUCCUGGUGGAGCUGCUGAGAAUGGACAACGACCGGGUCGUCUGCUCCGUCGCCACUGCUCUCCGCAACAUGGCGCUGGACAGCCGCAACAAGGAGCUGAUAGGAAAGUACGCCAUGCGGGACCUGGUGAACCGGCUACCCGGCGGCAAUCCGUCGGUGCUGUCAGACGAUACGGUGGCGUCAGUGUGCUGCACGCUGCAUGAGGUCACCAGCCGCAACAUGGAGAACGCCAAAGCUUUAGCUGACAGCGGAGGCAUCGAGAAGCUGGUGGACAUCAGCAAAGGACGAGGGAAAGGGUACUCGAUGAAGGUCGUAAAGGCAGCGGCUCAGGUGUUGAACACACUGUGGCAGUACAGGGAGCUGAGGAGCCUCUACAAACAGGACGGCUGGAACUACACUCACUUCGUCACUCCCGUCUCCACUCUGGAGCGAGACCGCUACCUUUCACAGCCGACCCUGCCCACCAGCCCGCUGCAGAUGUCCCCCGUCAUCCAAUCAGGUGGUAGUGCAACAUCCUCGCCGGCGAUGCUCGGGAUAAGAAGACACAGUACAAACUAUCAGAGGGCACAGUCAUCUAUGCAACUCGACACGUAUUAUGGAGACAACAGUUUACACAAACGGCAGUACACAGGGUCUGAGAAGAAAACUCCAUAUUUCAUUGGGACAUAUUCUUCCCAGUCAGGAGAGGAUUUGAGAAGGUCCCAGCACACAGAGCCAUUUUACGACGAGCCCGACAGGAAGAACUACAACAGCUACAGAAUGUACCUGUCGUCCCCUCAAGGCUACGGAGAGGAGCAGUACGAGGACGAACCGGUCCACCUGACCCCGUCCUCCCCCGACGGCUACGCCAGCCAGUCGCUCCAAUUCAAAGCCAACACCAACUACGUGGACUUCUACUCCACCACACGGAGGCCUUCAAACAGGGCGAACAAGUUCACCGGCUCCCCUGACUCCUGGGUGUAAAAGCAAAAUGGACACCGUGUACGUCGAGCUUCGCCGUCUGUUUCCGUAGGUGUUUGGGUGGGUGCGUUGUAUGGUCGUGUGAAAGGUUGAGGAUGCAUGUGAAUGUGUGUGCAUAUGUGUUGAACCUGUACUGAAUGACCUGGGCUUGGUUUGCUCCGUGCAUCUUUUGACUAAGUUAGACCAUGUGCACAAUAAUGCAGAUAAAUGUGAAGCCUUCCUUUAUUCUUUACCUUUUUUUACCAUCUCUCGUUGUCGAGAUCUCAGGCUUCCGAUCGUGAAGUUCAAAGCUGAAACAAUUAGUCAAUUAAUCAAUUAGUUAGUCAACAAACACCACACAAUAAAUCCAUUACUUGAGAACAUAAAAGUAAAGUUUUUUAGUGCCCAAGAAGAACAGUUGCUUUUAAAAGGAAGGACAAAGCAGUGGUUGGAAACACAUUUCUUUUUGCUGAUUUUAUGGAAAUUUGGUUAAAACCUGACUAAUGAGUAGGUUGUGUUGUAGGUUGCUGUUCACACCUGCACCCAUGUGACUCUGACGACUCUCACAUGAUGGCAUGUGACCUUAACGAGUGUUAAGGUGUUACACACUUCAAGAAACUAAAGUAAGUCCAGUUUACUAUUGUUGUGACAUUUCAAAAGGGAAAAUCUAAAAAAGAAAAAUAGCCAGAUUGGGCAUAAAACCUAAACUUUAUCUACAUUAUUAUUAUGAACGUGCAGCAUCUUUUGCAUCCAAGAUGGUCUUAGUCAAAAGGUGCUUUUUAAGAUUGAACCCAGCCCUAACCUUGUUGUUCACCAGAGUGUUUGUUAAAGUCAACUUGAUUUAAUUUUUCUCUGCAGUAAAAGUGUGCAGUGUGUUGGCAUAAUUAUUGUUUGCCAGCAUCAUCAUGAAGAACCUACUGAAGUUGAGACCACACCUGGGACAAACACUAUUUACUCUGUCUAGGGAUUGACCAUAUUAGCGGUAAAUAAAUCAGAGCAAAAGUCGCUCUAAAACAUUGUUGUUAAAUAUUAUUUGACCCAGGUUUGGAGAAGAGAAACUUACCGAAGAACUUUUAAAGACUCAGAGAACCGGGGUUACAUCGAUAACCCUUUGCUUUUCUGUAUGUUGGCCCAAAGUGCAGUAUAUCAUAAAGUAUGUGAAAUAUGUGAUAAAAACAUGUGAAAAUCUAUUUGUACAGAUACAAUGGUUUAACUGUCCUGUUACAUUGUUGUAUUCAAUAUGUAGAACUUUAUAUGUGAUUGUGUGAAGAAGAUUUUUCUAUUAUUUAUUAUUUUUAUUAAUUUACUUGUGACCUGACCAAAAUACCCCCAUCUGUCUGUUCUGUCCAAAACUGAUGAUAAUGUGCAAUGUUACAGAGGGAAAUAUAUGUAUAGGGAUUAAAGAUUAUAUCAUGACAAGACAA